AUGCCUACAAUCAACGCUCUUCGAUCAUUCGAACCUCCUCCUAUUCCAUCUCUACCCGAUUUUGAUCGUCGUCGUUCCACAACAUCGACACUCUCCAACAACAACUCCGAUUCUGUCACCUCAUCUCUGCGGGGUCUUCAAGCACCACCCAAAACCAGCAGAGCAAACCGCCCCAAGAGUGCUAAAUUUUCAUCCUACCGCUUGCGCAGCAAUUCAGGCCUUUCACUCCACACCAAUGAGGACAUUCUGAGACAAUAUACCGACUACCACCCUGAUGGCACACCGCGUGCCGGCAUGUAUAGCAACGGACUGGGCCAGUGGUCGGGCGAGAGGUUGAGGAGCAUUGACUCUGUUACAUCGUCCAGAAGUCAAAGAUCCAGUAUCGCUUUCACUGAGUCGGAUGGUUCCGGCGAAUUGCCUAUUCCUGAUCUUGUUGGACGGGAGAUGUUUGAUAUGGUCAUGGCCGAUCAUGCUGCCAGUGGUCAAUUAUGGAGAUUCGCCGCCAAUCGAGGACUUGGUCAGAAUGUUGAUUACCUCAUGAAGAUUCGCGACUAUAUCCAAUCCCUGGAGCAGGUUGUCAUUCAACUCUCGACAAUAUCAACUUCGUACACAUCCAUCACCGCAACAUCACCAAUUAAUCUGCCCUCCCCUAUGUCCAAGGCUCUCAACACCAACAUCAAACAUCUCACAACAUCACUUAUUCCCAGCCUGGAAAACAUGUUUCUCGAAUCUAAAACCUAUAUCGAGCAGCGCAUCGUCAGAGAAAUCUUCCCCGAUUUUGUCAAACAGCAACUAUCUCAGUGUACUAGUCUGGCUCUCUCCCUCGACGCAGAAGGUGACUCACCACCAAACCCAUACCCGGGCCUCAAGGGAUCAUUUUGUUUAAGUGACCCGUCGCGAUCCGGAAACCCUAUUGUCUUUGCUUCCGACGAGUUCGAGGAACUGACAGGAUAUGCACGAAAUGAGGUUUUGGCACACAAUUGCCGCUUCCUUCAGGGGCCACAAACUGACCGAGACGCAAUUGCCAAGAUGCGCUCCGCGAUCUGGCGCAACGAGGAGUGUACAGAAUUGCUUCUCAACUUUCGCAAAGAUGGGACGCCUUUUUGGAAUCUUCUGUUCCUGUGCCCUCUUCUCGACACUGCUGGUAAAACAAAGUUCUUUAUGGGUGCCCAGAUAGAUGUCUCGUCCUCGCUGCACGACACUCAUGAUGUUCUCAAGGUUUUGUCGUACGGUGCUGCGGAGGAAGAGAAGACACCUGAACGGAGCAACUCUCGCUGGGCUAGCGAUGGAUCUCAAGGCGAGCCUGAAGCGGAGGAAGCCCUGAGUGUCAAGAACAACCAAUACAAGACAACAAAGAUGUCUGGAUUCUUCAAAGCGUUCAAGAAGCCGCCUCCUCCUCCUCCACUGUCGCCGCCAUUGAGCCCACGCCGCAGCUCGGAUAGACCACGGUCAUCAGCUGGACCCACGAUACUGGACAAGACCUACAGUACACGAACCGUUAUCAGGAGAUUUUCUAAUCAGCCAGAAAUGCUUAUGACAACAUACGCCCGUUACAUGAUCCUCGAGCAUGUUCCUUCAUACCCAGCAUCCUUGGGUGCAAUGCCUCUCGACCAGGAGAUGAAGUAUCCACCCAAGUUGUGUGUGUCUUUCUACUCUAAAGAGAUGCUCGAUGCUCUUGAUCUGGGCAUGUCGGCGGAGGCUAUCAUUGGCAAAGAUAUAUUUGACAUUUUCACUGAGCAAUCUACGCUGCCAUCGGUUACCAAGGCAUUCAAGUCGACAGUCCGAGAUCUCGUUGUCCGCGAUGGCAAAUCCGUCUCGUUGGAUCUUGCACUUGCAAACCACAUCCCUCGUCGCGCCAAUAUGACAAGGACGUUGAGUGGUGAUAGUGGGGAAGCAUCACCGAAGAAGCCAGCCAAGAUGAUGAGCCAUUGGACACCUCUCAAAGAUACUGAAGGAUAUGUCAAGUAUGUGGCAAUGAUUGUGUCGCCAAUUUAA